AUGGCCGAGGUCGCAGCAGGCGCAAUAGCGGCUGAACAAGUCUUAUCAACUACAAUUGAAGCCGGCGCCGCAAGUUACGCUGUCGGAAAGCCUUCCAAUGGUCUGAAAGUUACGCUGAAUCAGCUCGCGACUGCUGCUGCGGAUGGCACAAGUAAUUCACUAGUGAGGUCGAACCACACCCUCACAGUUGUAGGCGACAGAGCCUACAUAUUUGGUGGCCAGACGGAUUCGGGGAAGAUCGCGACCAACGACAUCCACUCAUUCGCUCUGCCUACAGCAGAUGAACCUCAGUCUGACUAUCACCUUACUCCCGCUAUCUCGUUCGAAACGGGCACCCAGGUUCCAGCCCCUCGGACUGGCCACUCGGCUUGCGCACUGGGUGGUCGGCUUGUCGUGUUUGGUGGCCUGGACGAGUCCGGAAAGGUCCUGCAGGAAGAGACCAUCUGGCUUUACGACCCUCAGAAAUCUGCUUGGAAAGCUGCUUCGCCUGCGUCUUCAACGACGACACCCUCACGCCGAAGCAAGGCCAAGAUCUUCCCUCACGGUGAGAACCUCUUGCUCUAUGGAGGCAACGACGAGGUUGGCACCUCUCUUACAGAUGUGUGGGAGUUUGACUUUUCAAGUCAAACCUGGGCCAGACUGCCCAAUGCACCAGUCUCAACUACUAGCGCAGCGUUCGCUGAGGGCUCCCUGUAUCUGAUCGCUGCUACUGAUGGGCUGAGCAGCGUUCUUUACCACCUCGACAUCGCCAGCCAGAGCUCAGAACAGAGCGAUGAGCCGCCCACCUGGGUUACAACUCAGUUUCCCACGAACCCGCUAGUUCCAGGGCCUAGACCUCGCGAGAACGGUGGUUUACUUCAUGUUACAACUGGCUUUGGACGUAGCUACCUGCUGUACUUUCUUGGCGACCGCCAACCCGGCAGCUUAUCUGAAACAUCAACAGGGCCACCACUGCAAUGGAGCGACAUCUGGUCUCUUCAACUCCCCGCAAGUCAGCUCAGCGUUCAACGCACCACCACGAUUUCCGAAGCAAUCAAACCCGCCAAGAUCAAGGACGCCAUCCGAUCCAGACUUGGUUAUGAUACUGGCACAUUUAGCUGGGCCGAAGCUGAGGUGGCGCCUCCGGGAGACUUGCCGGAGCCUGAAGGCAAAGUCCAUCCGGGGCCACGAAGUUCCUUUGGUUGCGAUGUCCUCGCCAACAAACGUGACGUGGUACUCUGGGGCGGGAUCAAUGCGAAGGGGGAGCGCGAAGGUGAUGGCUGGAUUAUUCACCUCCAGUGA